AUGGGUCAAAUUCUGCGAACUAAGUACUUCAUUGUAAACACAAUGGGUAAUGUGAAGAAUAUCAUCAUAGCGUUCUUGGCACCCCUUCCAUCCAUCCUCUUCUACCUUUCAUUCCUCAACCACUAUCACUACUCACCCACUUCACACCAUCCAUCUCUCUGGAAAUGGUGCUAUGACCACCCUCUCCUGUUAGCAAAUGUGCUCUUCUUUUUCAACGUCAACGUCCUCUUCUGGCUCGUUGCUCUCCUCCAGUCCAGCCACUGGAUGAUUGACCCGUAUUGGACAGUGAUACCGGUGAUUCUUGUUCAUUACUACGCAUCUCACCCUGUGGCUCAAUACGAUUGGUGGAGGUCGAGGAUCCUGAUCGUGCUGACAUGGGUGUGGAGUAUGAGGCUCCUUCACAACUACUUGAGGCGAGAGAAUUGGCAAUGGGGUCAGAGGGAGGAUUGGCGCUUCACUGAAAUGGCCCGCCAAUACGGAACCCAUUGGUGGUGGGCUUCCUUCUUCGCCAUCUACCUUCCUCACCAGAUAUUUCUCAUUGCAUUAUCCCUCCCCAUGUAUGUUGUCCACUCCUCCGUGGAUCAGCCUCUCACCAUGUGGGACAUGGUAGCGCUUCUUCUCUGUGUAUCCGGCAUUGCCAUCGCCUACCUUGCAGACACACAGCUCCACAACUUUGUGAAGCUAAGACAAGGUGGCGAAGCAGUGGUUCCUGUCCUUGAGACUGGGCUGUGGUAUUAUUCACGCCAUCCGAAUUACUUCGGGGAACAGGUGUGGUGGUGGGGGGUGUUUGUGUUUGCGUGGAGCAUGGGACAUGGAUGGACCUUUGUAGGAGCAUUCACCAAUAGCAUGUGCUUGGCUUAUGUCACAAAGCUUGUGGAGGAUCGAAUGCUGAAGCAAGGUUACAGAACAGAGGCUUAUACCCUUUAUCAGCGAACAACUUCGGUUUGGGUGCCUUGGUUCAAGUCACACCACCUUAAAACUAAGAAUGCUUGACCUUCACUUAUUUCAUCUUCAUCCCAUCCUAACCACAGAUUAAGUGGCUGGCUGGGGUGUUGGAUUCCAAUUUGCUAUAAAUUUUAAUUACUUUUCUGUUUCCAUGUCAA